UCUCUUUAUCUUCUCUGUCUCUCCAAGAAGAGUGAGCAGUUAAUAAAAUACUGUCAUCAUGCACUUGGCUUCUAUCUUAACGUGCCUACUGGCAGCGACCGUCUCUGUCUCAGCAAGCCCAGGCAGUGAAAGAACCCAAAAACGGCCUUCUCUCGCGGUCCCGAGGUGCCCCAGAAAAGCCACAGCCUCGUUUGACAAGUCCGUCCCCGAAAUGAAGGCCUUCCCCAACACCCAGGUCGACCUUUGCUGGGAGCCGACAGCAUUCCAGUUCACCUUCAAGGCCUUCGAUGAGACUAACUUCUACUUCGACCCCAAGCACCGCACAAACGACGACAUCUGGAAAUACGAGGUCAUGGAAGCCUUCAUCUACCACGGCACGAACGAUCCACAGACCUACUUCGAGUUUGAAGUUAGUCCGAACAAUGUCACCUACCAGACUUUCGUAUACAAUCCGUCCAAGGUGCGUAAGGAGGGUGCGCCUUUUGAUCACUUUUUUGUGAGCGACCCUGCUGCCGAUGGAUUCACGUCUAUCACGACCCUGGACCGCAAGGCCCAGACUUGGGUGUCGGAAGUCAAAAUUCCUCUGGCGUUGUUCAAUGUCGAUCGGCCUCGCCUUUCUCGAUGGAGAAUGAACUUCUUCCGCACCGUCACUUCUCCGGCCACCUAUCCGAAUCAGGAGCUGGGAGCGUGGAAUUCACCUGACGUAGCCAGCUUCCACGUAACGCCCUUCUUUGGCGAUGUUAUUCUUGUUUAGGCGAUCAGAUAAAGUGCUUUGUGGACAGCCCGUGGUGACGAAAUGGUAUGCUGCUGCAAUCAUCAGCAUAUUCUGAUAUUUAACGGAAACGCAGUGAUUUUUCGCGAUGCUGCAUUAGGGCGAAGGAUUGUGUCUCUCAGGAUUGGAUGCCUUAGAUAGCGCAUAC